CAGGCUUGGCUACUCCAAACCUGAUGUUGUUUCUUUCCUUGACUAAGGAAGCCAACGAAGUAACGAUCUAUCUUUUUCAGUGCAGCAUGUAGAAUCUAAUUUCUGAACUUCCCUUUAUUCAGUUUUUUUUUUUUUGUGUGUGACAGGAACUUUGGCAAUGAUGUCUACAACUGCGGCAAAAUUAUGGCAUGGAAACUACAGGAGCACAGUUUAUCCUGUUGAUCUUGAUGCCAGUCCUGCUUAUGGCACUUACAGGAAAGAGGAAAUAAAAAGUCUUGUACAAUUAUGUGCAGCAUUUAUUGUGCAAGAUUCAGGCAUGACAAAACAAGCACUUGACAUUAUUCCAAAGCACCUAUAUGAACCUUUCUUGCAGGAGGCUCUUGUAAAAAACCGUGAGCUGGCCAUUCAAGAAAUCAUAGCUUCAUGGCCUUUGCCAUCUCUCAUUCUCCACAGGCUGAUGCCUAACCUUUUUACCUCUGUACAAGCACUUUUCAACAGUUCAUAUCAGUGUGACAUUGUGAAACAAGGAUUACGUUAUACAACUGCCUUGGCUCAAACAUUUCUUGAUUCUCUGAAAAAGGGCAGCACACCACGGCUUCAGUAUCUAGAUCUCACAGGAUUUCCAACAGCAGAGGUGAUAGUCUAUUUUGUGGCAACACACUGCAUGCUGGCACACAAUGAGGUGCGACAUGAGACCAUACUGUCCAUGUACAACCAAGCAGUGAAACAUUCAGGCCAGGCUCUUGGCAUCACAGAAAGGAUGGAGCCCAUAGAACACAGCCUCCCUCCUGACUGCUCAGUCAUUAUCAAGUUGGAUGCUUUUGUGAUGUCAGAGGCAACUCAUACAGAACUCUGCAAAGCUUUGAAGGUGUCAAGUUUUCGUGAUCGCAAACUCUGUCUUAUUGUUUCCCGUUUGGGUAUGACAUGCUUGGGGGUGUGUCGUGUUGGACUUCUUCUGAAACUGGUGGAUCCACAGCACCUUACAGGCUUGCAGCUACAAUACAAUGCCCUGAAUUCUGGUGACUUUGUGGAGAUAGCCUCAGCCCUCAAAGGCUUAGUUUGUCUGGAGUCUCUGGAUUUGUCCUGCAAUAGUAUCUUCUUCCAUCAGCAUGAAGAAGCUUGCAAAGCAGCUGCUGAGGUGUUUGCUGCCAUGCCAAAGCUGAAGCGCCUGGAUCUCAGCAACAACCGCAUCAAGACACGUCUCCGAAGGUUACUUGAAGCUGUUGUACAGCCAUUGACAUCUCUGCGGUUGGCAGGCUGUGGGCUGACUGUAACAGAUUUGCUAUACUUGUCACAUUCCCAUCACAGUUCAUAUCUUGAAGCACUGGACUUGAGUGAGAACAAUUUAAAGUUGUGUGAACGCCAGAUAAGAGGGAUUCUUAGUGCCACCCAGUCCUGCCUGCAGCUGCUGGAACUGGAGCAUUGCAGCUUGAAUGAUCAGAUGGUGCAGAGUUUGACUUACCACUUCUCAGGCCUUCGCAGUCUGAAAUAUUUGAAUGUAGCAGAGAACCAGCUGUCUCACCCCUGCCUUGCAUCUCUCACUGCAGCAGUAGCAGAGCUGGUCUCGCUACAGGUGUUCAAGACAUCCUUCCCAACGGACUGCUACCAGCAUGAAAAUGAGGAAGACGAGGAGCGAGGGAAAGAAGAUGUGAUAAAAGAGAUUGCUUUGGUUUUCAGUAACAGUGGUGUGAAUUCUCUGAGAGCAAAACCAGUGCACCUGGCAGUGAUUGAGUUGGACAGAGUUUGGAACCUUGCCUAAGAUUUACACUUGCAGAGUGCAUCCUUUCAGUAUCAAAACUGUUGAAACUGGCAGAGGUUUGGAAUAUUUUACCUAGUAAAAGCAGAAUUAGAAAAAUUUACAGCUGAUGUCAGGUUAAUUUUGCGUUCACUCAGUAUGUUUUCAUUGAUGUCGGAUCAAACCCAUUGCAGCCAAGAAUCAGUGCUGAUCAAAGUUCAUUAUACUUAUCUAGGAUUAGUGGAAUAAAUUUUGGUCAGUAGGCAGAAUUGUUUCAUGGUCAUUUACUUUGCUCUGUACCUAGGUUGGCUUUUUUUUUUUAAAAGCAAAGGAUUAGCGAAGGAAGAAUGUGUUAGUUUUCUGUUACUUUUAGUAAGGUUUAAGAACAUGUAUUGUGCAAGGAACACCAGGAUGAAAUGUUAUGCAUCCUUAGAAACAUUUUGAAAGAGAUUUUUCAUCUAAAAAUUAAUGAAUGUUAAGUCCUAUUGUGGUUAAAAUAUAUUACAAAUUUUUUUGUUCUUUUUUCUAAUUCUUAUGUGUUUGUGUUCUCAGUUUCUCUUGUAAUUAGUGCAAGUUCUGAUUACUGAAAAUGAGUGAAAAUAUUAUGAGUAAUACAACUGUAUUUAACAGUGCUGAAGCUCUUUGGUCUGUCAGUUCAUCUUGGGCGACACUUGAUGACCAUAUAGGUCCAUAGCAGCAGACAUUGAAGUGUGUCAGGGAAUUCAGUUUGUUACUUGGUUGCACUAUUGCCAUAUACUGCAGACAUUUCCUCAGAUGAAACUAUGUCCUCACUUUCCCUCUUCCUUCUGCUCUCUUUAUCUUCUCUUUCUUUCAUUGAAUCUUCCUUUGCUUGUUUUCUUUUCAUAAUUGCUAUGACUUUUCUAUCAAUUGUACCAAUUUGCAUUUUAAAUGGUUCUCUGGUCCAUCAGUAACCGAAGCUUUUGCUGUGGUACUUUCAUAUUUCUGUCACAUUGGCAUGCACCGAGGUCUGCACAUUGGCACCAAUAUCAAACACUUGAUGCAGUUUCCAUGAGAUAUACUGUCUUUACAGUCUCCUUGCCUUGCUUCGAUGCUUGUGCUACUUCAUCCAUUAAUCGGGAUACAUAGAGAUUGACAUUCUUGUGUAGUUGUGAUGGAGUUCCAGCAUGAGUCCACGGGUCUAUCAGUAUCUGAGAAACUUGGGUAACAAUUAUCCCUGUUGUUGGUGUAGUUCAGAGAAAAAAAUAAUGUACAACUUGCAAAUGAUUUGAAAGUUCAGUCAAGGGAAGUUGUGACAAUGGCCUUCUAAAGAUACUGUGGCUAGAAGCCAACCUUGUCUUUAGGCUACUCAAUAUAUUGUUGACACAAAUACUUAAUAAUUUUACUAUCAUUCUAUUUGUCCACUAUAGGUGUAUCUCAUUGUCUUAUUCGGUUACAUCUCAUUGUAUCACUUUUCACUAGUACGACUGUAUCACUAAUAGGACCCAACUGUCACAGAAGAUGUUCUUAUGUACUACAAGCUCAGAUAAGCAGAAGAUUCCAGAAGGAACUAUAUAUAGCUCGAACGCUCUACAACAAUCUAGGACAAUAUAACAAUGACGUAAUGGUUUUUAAUCUUGUUUACAUAGCAAUGCCUUCAGACUAACGGCUGAAGUUGCUUGCUCGUUGUUGCUAUGUCUGAUGUCUCUUAUUAUUAAUUUUGCCACUAAUGUGCGAGCUGAACUGUAAUAGUAUAAUAUCAUCAAUAAAUAACAAAGAAGUAUCCAUUAAGGAAAAUUGACAAAGGUGAGCUUACGUAUCUAAAAUCCAAAUGCAUGUACAUAAAUGCAACACAAGCAUGCUCAGAUUCACAGCACCAUUUGAAAUAAAAAAGAAAGGCAAGUUUUUACUGCAAGAAACAACUUGGAAUCCCUCUGUCAUUUUAUUACAUUACAGACAGUGGCUUAUAAUAAAAUGAAAUAUUUCAGUAUCACACUUGAUAAUCUGUAUUCUGCAAGUGUAAACACAAACUUAAGUAUUAACUAGUUCUGUGCAAACUUUUUUGAAUUACAAGUUAUGCUUUGGGGUUACUCAUGAAAGAUUACUGAUGAUUUUUUUUGGUGUGUAACAAAAAUAUCAAAAUAUUACAAGUCAUGUUGAAUUUAAUUACAAGAUUAAUGGAUUAGCAAAAUACUCAUAAGUACAAUGUUCAUCUGCCUCAUUUUCUGUGUUGCAUGAAGAUCAGCACAACAACAUAAACAGAUCUGUCUUAUUUUGUAAUGAAGCUUACUUAAGCAUUUUGCUAUUUAUCAGAUACAUUAAACACUCAAUGAUAACAUAAGACUAAGAAAAAUUAUAAGACCAAAGAAUAGCCAACACAAUUCUGCUUGCGCAAAAUGAAAGACAAACAUCACAGACUAGUAAUAAAUACAUAAGCACCAGUAAUAAUAAACAGCAUCAAAAUCUGAAGACAAGCCCCACGAGGCAGAUUGGGGUUGUGCAGGGCUAUCUUCCCUGCUUCAAAUUCAGAUGUUGAAUGGGUAUCUAUGAAAUUAACUCCAGGUCACAGUCAUCGCUAAUAAAUAACAAAGACUCAGAGAUAAAGCCCUUUAGCAACUGUUAAUAGUAAACCAGCAUCUGGUAUCUAAGCAUAACAUUCUAUGGCAUUUAUAAAGGCUAGCAAGUGUACCUAAAUAUAUUGUUAUGGCCUUAUUUUUGUAGAGGUUAAAGGGCUUGAGAAUUGGAAGAAGCAACUUUGCCAGAACAAUGGGAGCUUGGGAAAGUUGCUUUCCAAAGUCUUUUAUGUCUUAAAGCUGUUAGUGACAAUGGCUACAACAAUUAAGAUUUUCAAAUACCUGGACUGAUAACAUACAGAACUGAGAAUUGUACAGAUUCCUAUAUACAAGAUAAAUAGCAGGCACUCAUCUUUCAUAAAAAUAAACAGAUGCUUCCAUACUAAAAGAAAACAAACCCCAAAAAUCCCUCUUCCUUUGUCAUCUUGAAAUGAACAAAUAGUUUUUCAAUACAUAUUUAAUCAUGCAAUCACACAGUACAAGAAUGCACAAUUUUAGCAUCAUGUUUUAGAUAAUUUAAGUAUAAACAGUAAUCAUUUUCAGCGACAAAACAGCGACACAUCCUCCACAUGAAAGACAAACCACUUUAUCUUAAAUGUCUACUCCACUUUCCCAAACCUUUGAAAGAAAUAGGAGUGCCUCAAUCAGCAAAAAACUUAUCCUUUGACACAAAAUGAAUCUUAGGCAAGAUACUUUUACAUUUGGAACAUACUGUGAGAAAAUUGCUUCAACAUUCUGGUCAAACUGAAGACAAAAUGAUAAGGCUAGAGAAGAAAAACAACAAAGCAUGUUUAAAAAAAGUAAAUAGAACUGUCAAAUCAGUCUCCCAUUUUACUUCAUAUACAUUAUUGUACUUCAAAGAAUAGUGCAAACAUCUAAGAUGUAAUUCAGCAAGAACAACACAUGAAUAAAAGGUGACAGGAUCAAUGACCAUUGUAGCCUUAAAUAGUUUGUUAAGUAUUUAUAAAGAAAUGUGUGAAUAUUUGCUGAUGAUAAGAAAAAUGAAAGUUGGUUCUUAAACAUCCAAAAUGCUAAACAUCACAUUGUAUAAAAACACAUAGAAAAUCAAACCCUUCAAAACAUACAUCACUAAAAUAAAAAUAAAACUUCUGGCAUUGCUGACCAAAAAAAAGACAAAAUAAGCAGGAAAGUAUAAAAAUUCUUUAAGAAUUUUGCUCAAAACCCGUGAAAAGAUGAACAAACUGUCAAAAACAUUAAAUGGGGUCAAGCAAUAGAUCCUAUUUCUUAAGGGACAAGAAACUUCAGGGAUCGAAGGCUAAAAGAAAAUGUCCUCAUAAGCCAGCACAGCUAAUUUUGUUCAUUUAUAUCUGAUAAUGGAAUACAAAGAUUUGCAAAAAAAGACAUCACAGAAUAUAGAUACCCCAAAAGAAAAAAAAAA